GUUACUAUCGUUUGACCUCACACGUCAAAUAUUACGAGAUAACUGUGUAUCUCUCCGUCACAUAAAUAGUCGCUUUAUGAUUCCGAAGUUGUGUAAUUGGGAAUACAGUUAUUAAUAAAAAUGUCUGCUAUAACCGAUGUUAAUAAGUUUGAUAGAGCUCUAAAUAUAAAAUUUGAAAAUGGAACUUCUUUAAGUGUUGAAGAUUGCUGGCUUCGAGAUAAUUGCAGAUGUUCGUCGUGCUAUCGCUCUGAUACUUUUCAAAAAGCUAAUUACCUAUUAGAACUAUCAGGCAUCAAGAUAAGCACUUUUAAAUUCGACGCUUGUAAUCUAUACAUCGAAUGGAAUGACAAACAUCAGUCGACAUACGAAGCAUCUUUUUUAAUAAAAUUUCAAUAUGAUAAAUGGAAAGACAGUAGAAAACUAAGACCAAUAUUAUGGAAGGGUUUGGACAUUGAAAAUAAAAUAGCAAGGGUUCAUGCCCGUGAAUUCCUUAACACCGAGAGUGGUGCUAUCACAGUAUUCAAAUCUCUAAUAGACUACGGCGUUGCUUUAAUUGAUCAGGUAGGUGUAUCUCUGGAAGCUACGGAACAGGUGUGCAAAGCGUUAGGUGGUGUACAACAUACCUUGUUUGGAGGCAUGUGGCAGUUUACCUCCGUCCAGGACUACGCUGACACCGCUUACACGAAUCUGCCAUUAGCUGUGCACAAUGAUAACACUUACUUCAACGAGGCAGCUGGCCUCCAGAUACUGCAUUGCCUGGAACAUUCCAAUGGAGAAGGCGGAGAAACAAUUUUAGUUGAUGGUUUUUUUGGAGCUACGAAAUUGAAAAAUGAAUUCCCUGAGGAUUUUGAGUUCUUGACUAAUUUUAAUUUAGACGCGGAAUAUUUGGAAGAUGGUCAUCAUUAUAAAUAUUCGGCACCUGUUAUAAAUGUUGACAAGGAAAAGAAUUUGGAACAAAUAAGGUUUAAUGUUUACGACCGCUCACCGAUGGCAUUCUCUAGUGGUGAGGAAUGCAGGUCAUACUACCGCGCGCUAUGGAAUCUCUCGACCUAUUACCAAAAUACCGACUGUCAAUGGAAAUUUAAAUUAUACCCAGGUUUGGUGAUGGUGAUGGACAACUUCAGAGUACUUCAUGGAAGAACAGCUUUCACAGGAAAUCGUAUAAUAUGCGGUAGUUACGUGUCACGUUCCGAUUGGCUUAAUAAAGCACGAGCUUUGAAACUUAUACAAUAGCAGUGCUUGUUUUGUGCUUCAAUAAUUAAAAUAAAUUGUUUGUGACGAUGUCAUAA